AUGCAGUUCUCUACUCUCCUCGUUUCGGCCCUUGCUGCCGCUACCGCCGUCGUUGCCGCUCCCAUGGAGAAGCGAGCGGGUGGCAACGGAGAUGCGACUUACUUCUACCAGAACGGCAACCCCGGCUCCUGUGGUAACUACAACAGCGACGACGCCGUCAUUGUUGCCGUCAACAGCGCGCAGAUGAACAGCGGUCUUUGCGGCAAGCCCAUCUGGAUCCAGCAUGACGGCAAGACUAUCGAGGCCACAAUUCAAGACACGUGCCCUACCUGCGACGGCAACUCGCUCGACCUCUCGGUGGGUGCCUUCAAGCAGCUCUCGGGUCUGGACGCCGGUAUGAUCCCCAUCAACUGGUGGACCUAA